AUGCAGUCCUUCUAUACUUCGCCCACCUCGACGCACAUCUCCCACGGCCCAGCUGUCGACGAGCUCCGGACUAAAUAUUCGUCCACUAUAAAACCCAGCGCCCGAUCGCAUACCCACAAAAUCCAACGCCCCGGUCCCAUCCGACGCGCCAUCGACCGCGUGCGACUCGAGUACUACCGCUACGAGGUCACUUUCGGGCUCUACGUGAUGACGCCGAGCGAGAAGCUCGUGACCAAUACCUUCGUCAUCGUGGUUCUGACACUCCUGCUGUGGGCACUGCUACUAUACUUCCCGUCACUGCUCUAUCAAAAGCUCAGCCGCCUCGUAUGGCUGCUGACGGGCACCAGCGGCGAGGAAGUAGGCGCCGCCUGGGAAAUUCUCGGCAAGUACGGCAACCCUAUCAGUCCAGCAUCCACGGCCGAAAACUCCAUGUCCUUGUGA